CUGCUGAAGCGUCUGUCUGGAAAGAAGGGCUUCCACGCUAAGCAGGCAACUAACCGCAUUAAACCUUCAAAGAGGCGGUUUUAUCCGUCCAGGAUUUGGAAAUUAUCCUUGAUAUAAAAGACUACUAUCUAUCGAGCUGGUACUCAGUGGACUAUUGUCCGUCUGACUCGCAUACGCUUCAGUGAGCCGCUGCAGCAGCAACAGAGCAAGCACGCCGCCGCUGCUGCUGUUGUUGUUAGAGAAGAAAACAAGCUCGGUGAGCUGUCCGCUAAGCUGUGUGAUCAUUGACAGAGUUCAGUACACACUAGCUUCGAGAGAUAACAAGUUCAAGCCUUGUCUUGGGUUCCUGUAGGCCUCUUCAAGAACCAACUGCUGGAAUUUCUUUGUCGCUGAAGUCAAGGCACUUGACCAAUAGGAACUCUGCACGAUUUCAACCAGCCUGUCUGCAGCCCCUUCCCAACCCAGAGAGUGUUCUGCCCCAGCAUGAAUGAAGUCAGUGUUGUGAGAGAGGGAUGGCUUCACAAGAGAGGUGAAUACAUUAAAACAUGGCGGCCGCGUUACUUCAUCUUAAAGAAUGAUGGCUCUUUUAUCGGCUACAAAGAAAAGCCUGAAGUAUCCAGUGACCACAACCUCCCACCAUUAAACAACUUCUCUGUCGCAGAAUGCCAGCUGAUGAAGACAGAGAGACCCAGGCCCAACACAUUUGUCAUUCGUUGCCUGCAGUGGACCUCCGUUAUUGAGCGCACCUUCCAUGUAGACAGUAAUGAGGAGAGGGAGGAAUGGAUGAGAGCGAUCCAGGCUGUGGCAAAUAGCCUAAAGAGUCAGCAGCAGGAUGAGGAGCCAAUGGAGAUUAAAUUUGGCUCACCAAGUGACAGCAGCGGCGCAGAGGAGAUGGAGAUUGCUGUGUCCAAAUCUCGCUCAAAAGUGACCAUGAGUGAUUUUGACUAUCUGAAGCUGCUGGGAAAAGGGACUUUCGGUAAAGUGAUCCUGGUGAAGGAGAAGGCCACAGGGAUGUACUAUGCCAUGAAAAUCCUCCGCAAAGAAGUCAUCAUUGCUAAAGAUGAGGUGGCACACACAGUUACAGAAAGCAGAGUACUACAGAACACGCGGCAUCCCUUUCUAACGACACUAAAAUAUGCAUUUCAAACACAUGAUCGGCUAUGCUUUGUGAUGGAGUAUGCAAAUGGAGGAGAGCUCUUCUUUCACUUAUCCAGAGACAGAGUGUUCACAGAAGACAGAGCGAGAUUCUAUGGUGCAGAAAUAGUGUCAGCACUGGAGUACCUACACUCACGCAAUGUGGUUUACAGAGAUUUAAAGCUGGAGAACCUUAUGUUAGACAAAGACGGACAUAUAAAGAUAACAGACUUCGGGCUGUGUAAAGAGGGCAUCACAGACGGUGCCACCAUGAAAACCUUUUGUGGGACCCCAGAGUACCUGGCACCAGAGGUGUUAGAAGACAAUGACUACGGACGGGCGGUGGACUGGUGGGGACUGGGUGUGGUCAUGUAUGAGAUGAUGUGUGGUAGGUUGCCUUUCUACAAUCAAGACCACGAGCGUCUCUUUGAGUUAAUCCUCAUGGAGGAGAUUCGCUUCCCCAAGAACCUGGCGCCUGAGGCCAAGGCUCUACUGGCUGGUCUGCUCAAAAAGGAUCCAAAACAAAGGCUCGGUGGUGGACCAGAUGAUGCCAAAGAUGUGAUGAGCCACAAGUUCUUCACCUCCAUUAACUGGCAAGAUGUACUUGAAAAGAAGCUUAUUCCACCCUUCAAGCCCCAGGUAACAUCAGAGACAGACACGCGUUACUUCGAUGACGAGUUCACAGCACAAAGUAUAACAAUAACUCCCCCUGACAAAUAUGACAGUUUAGACGCAGAGGAUUCAGAUCAGCGUACGCAUUUUCCUCAGUUCUCCUACUCUGCAAGCAUUCGGGAAUGAUCAGUCAAACUCUUGAACAAGCAGGCAGGCUUACACACUAUCACAAUCCCACACAAACACACAAUUGCACUGCUCUGGAUUUUCGAACAACACCAACAAAAACUGGCACAAGACACAUUUUCAUUCAAUCUUUAACGCACAUAAACUCACAGACACACGUACAUUUUCUGGCUAAUCAGUCGCACGGGGAUCAUAAUGUGUGAAUUUAACACACGGGCUGAGAAUGACUGACCUCAGCGGGUUUGUGUGGAUAGACUGGCAGCUUUGUCUGUGUACAUCCUCUCAGGGUUUGCUUUAGGCUUCCCUGCGGGACCUCUGCUGCACUACACUGGGUACCACAUCAAAGCCUUGAUACUUUGAAAACCAGGUUAUGCCAGCAAGUACCAUCUCUACCAGCUUCACACACUCACACGUAGUCACCAGUUCAUGCAUAGACUGCAGAUACACACACAAUGUACUUGAUAGAAUUUUAAAUAGUGUAAUCAAAAUUAGGAAAAUGAAAACAUUUUGGGAAAAAGAAAAUUUUCUUUCAUCAAUGUUAAGGUUUUAAAUGUAAAGCCAUAUUUCUGCAUUUUCUGAUUAUUUUCUUCCUUUUUUUAACAAGUGCUCUUUCUGGAACUUGCUGUUACAAAUCAAAUGUGGGACUGUUCCUAAAGUUGGGUG